AGCAUUUGAUGUGCCCUGCCUCUUUUCUCUUUGUGCUGUAAAAAACAGUUCUUGGAAUUGGGUGUUGUUUCUGCUUCUCAAAGCCUCACAGCUGAGCCAGAGUCAUGCUAUCAGGAACAAACAGAUAUCUGCUCAUGCACACAGAGACACAUGCUGCUGCAGAGAUGAGCAUGGGCAAGUUUUCACUUUCCUUUCAGAGGUAACCUUGGACUGGAAAUAGGAGACUUUGAGUCUGGUGUUCAUGGGAUGUCUGUGAAGCUUCAAUUUGGUUGUCCAGCAGAAGGUGGCAUGAUGCAGAGGAGUUGCUCCUUCACUGGAGUCAACACACUGACUGGCAGACAUAGGCUAUCUUCUGCUCGUACUUCUCUGCGCACCAAAGGCCUUGCAGGAAAAUCUACAAGAAUCCCCACUUCUAUUCAGGUGGUUGGCAGUAUUUGGGGACCGCAGCCUGAGCAGGUGGACAGAGUUUUUCAAGCUUUACAGAAAGGACUCAAGGAGUAUCUUGAAGGCCAAAAGACAGAGCUUGAAUACCUCUCAUCUCAGCAGAGAAACACUAUAAGAAAUACAAGACUGGCUUUUUUCUAUGACUUAGAGAAGGAAAUAAGAGCCUUGGAAAGAUACAUACGGAGACUGGAGUUCCAAAUUAGUAAGGUAGAAGGGUUGUAUGAGACAUAUUGUAUCCAGUGGCGAUUAUGUCAAGGAGCUGUUAAUAUGAAGCAAGCAUUUUCACUCUCUCCAUCCACACGGGCAUCGCAAGAGAGUCUACUGCAGCUGAACCGCAAUCACAGACACAGCUUGGAGGAUAUGUGUGCAAUUGAAGGGGAGUUGGAGAUUCUAUUGGGAGAGCUACAAAUAAAAAUGAAAGGUUUGAUAGGCUUUGCUCGUCUCUGCCCAGGGGAUCAGUAUGAGGUGUUAAUCCGGCUGGGACGACAGCGAUGGAGAAUCAGAGGGCGGAUCCAGACUGAUGACAAACAGCUGUGGGAUGAAGAGGAAAUGGUUUUCCUCCCUCAUAUCCAUGAGAGUUUUGAGAUCAAGGUAACAGAGGUGAAGGGGCUGAGCACCAUCUUAGUUGGAAUGGUGACAUGUAAGUGCGCAGACUUCUACAUUCCACAUCGACAAAUGAUGGUUGUUGACAUUACGGAACUGGGAACCAUCAAACUCCAACUGGAGGUAGUCUGGAAUCCUUUUGACACUGGCGUGGUGAAGAAUCUGAAGUCAUCUUCCAGUCGGCAGUCUACCCACAGAAGGAAUAGACCAUCUAUGAUGCGCCAGUUUCAAGAUGGCUCUUUCUCUGUUGGCUCACAUGAAUCCAGGGGUGUGUCUCUGCGUAGCUACCUGUCUGACUCUGCCCAAGUACUCUCUCCAUUUGUCUAUGAAAGGCCCAGUCAUCCUCCAAUCUUGCGUUACCUUUCCAUGGAUUGUCAGUCAGUGGAUCAUGACCUUUUGCAGACACCCAUUGGAGAGUGUUACAGCACUCCUGACAUUCUUCAGCAAAAUAGUGUGGUGGCUACCAACCAAGAAGUGAAACCAGUGAAGUUGAAAGUGGCUACAGAUUAUCUCAUACGACAGGAGGACGUAGGUGUUGAGGAAAAGCCAAAGGCUCUAGUGAUGGGUGUAGGGAAUUCCCAAAGAAGAGCAGUGGCCAUGAAGGUUGGCCUGGUGCAAGCACAGGUUGCUACUAUUUUGCAGGAGAUGAGUUUUGCCAAGGCAGAGAUAAAGCAUCUGAGUCUACAAAUACAGCAGCUUAACCACGUCUUAAAGAGGGACAUCUACAUUCUUCAGACCUCCUCUAGUGAUGAACUGAAUGUAGAGGAAGAGGAAGUGCUGGGCAGUUUUGACUUUCUGUCCAUUGACUUCAACAUGGAUGACAACAACUCCGGCAUAAGUAGCAACAGACUCAUGGACACUAGGUUCAAAGGGAGCACCGUGACAAGCCAGGAGGGGAUGUCAGAAGAUACAGUACUGUUGUCAGAAGAGCAACAUACAGGGCACGUGGCAAAAAGAACAGACAGUGGGGACAGAAGUCCACUUAGCACUGGGGAGUACACUCUGGAUCAAGCCUUGGAGAUCCACCUUAAUAUCUGUUUUGAACUUCUGAGAGCACUGAGGGUAUCUAAUUUGGAGUACAUGCAACAGCAUAUAUUGGAAGAACUAUCACAUCAAAAUGAAGUGCUUGAAAAAAUUACCACUUUUACACAGAGGAAGAUUCAUGAUAUCUCAGCAACAGAUUUGUGGUCUGGGGCACCAAAGCUGAGAAAUGUUAUGAUGAUGUGGGAGGAGUGCUGUGGAUGUGCCCCAGCAUUUUGUUGCACUGCUGACUCAUUUCUCAGGAUGUUACGCAGGCGGUUCAUUCACAAAGUGAAAGCCAAGUUGCCAGGCCAGGCUGAUACAGUCUUUGCUCAGUUGUUGCAGCAGGUCCAGUCCUGUUCUAUGAUGGUCCCACUAGCAGUGUGCACAACAGAUCUAGUGUCUUUGUUUCAGUUACAUGUCUACCUCAGCCGUUGGAAGGUCACAAACUUUGGAGAGCAUAUCUCUCACAUGUCCAGAGAAGUGUAUUUAGCAUCAUGUCUAGAGACUCCUAAGAGGAGGAGGGUUCUCAAGAAGCUGAAAGGAAGGAGGAUUUUGGAACUGCAACCAAUGGGACAAACCCUCCAACUCCUGUCCAAGUUACUUACAGAUGAUAGUCACAAGGUUGCGGUUUCAGCAACCUCCUUCCUCUGUAGAGCUUCAGGCUAUAAGUCCUUCAGGUUAAAGGCCCUGGUUCACUAUACAUGGCUGUUGAAAGACAAUGACAUUCAAGUGCAGCAGCAGGCUUGUCUGGCACUGAAAUGCUUAAAGGCCCUUGAAAGUGCUGAGCAGGUGGCUGAGCUGUGGCACUCCACAGAUGAAGAGUUAAGGAACACAGCCAGAGAGACCAUUCUUUCAUUUGGGAAAAAAGGCCAUGAAGCCCUCAAGAGAAUGGACCAGAUCUGCACUGAGUUACAAGAGGAAAUUUAUAAAAACCUAAAAACAGAAAUCACCAUCUUCUAGUGACUGCAUGAAUUUGGCUAAUUAUUUUGCUGAUGAUCAGGAAACAUCAAGAAGAGUAAGCAAUUAUGAAAAAAAAACAAAUAAAAACAAAAUCAAAUCUGUGAUAAGCAAAUUCAGAUCCUGCCAGAUAUGGUGUCAGGUAAAAAAAAAAAAAAAAAAAAACACUUAAAGGACAUAUACAUUUCAAAGUUAAAAAAAAAACAAAACAAUAAUAAUAAUAAGUAAGAAAGUACUUUUCUACAGCUCCUUUUAUUCAAUAAUGCAUCUCUAAAUGAAUAUAGACAAUAUGCUGAAUGGAGAAAAAAAAAAUCACUGUUUAAAUGCAGCUGUUUAAGCACUCUGCCACUGGUGGUUGUAUUACUACAUACUAUAUAGCCUCUAAUUCAUAUAGACACUGCUGUGGAAUUGCUGUUUUCUAGCAAACUACUUUCUGCUGACAUGCACAGAAAAUCCUAAUAUGUAAUUCAAUUACAGAAUUAAAAAUUCCUGUCAAUCAGUCAUACAGUAUACACUCUAAUCUAGUCCAAAAUUAACAUUUCCUCUUACCAAGUGAGAUAUUACUUUUCUCAAUUCAAAAGAUAAAAUUUCCUCUUCCUUGCAAAAUUCAAUGCAAAAUGGCUGAUACCGAGACCUAUCGGCUAAUAGUCACUGUACAAUCACGCAGUUGAAAAUACAAUGGCAAAACAGUCGACUAUUAGAAGUUUCUUGCUAAAUGCAAGCGAUUCUUAUCAGCCUAAUCGAGAUUGUGAGGAACAUGUUGAGAUCAUGGAGACAUAUGAUCCUAGUCCAGUUUGUGAACCCUUUAGAAUUUUCUACAUAUCUGCAUAAAUAUGACCUGAAACUACAUCAGAUUUUCACACACGUCCUUAUGGUAGACAACAAGAACCCAAUUAAACAAAUGAGACAAAAAUAUUACACUUGGUCAUUUAUUUAUUGAGGAAAAUGAUCCAAUAUUACAUAUCUGUGAGUGGUAAAAGUAUGUGAACCCCUCAGAUUAGCAUUUAAUUUGAAGGUGAAAUUACAGUCACGUGUCUUCAAUCAAUGUGAUGACGAUCAGCCUGUUUUAUUUAAAGAACAGGGAUCUAUCAAAGUCUGAUAUUUUCAUGUUUAUGAAGAGUAUCAUGGCACAAUCAAAAGAGAAUUCUGAAGACCUAGGAAAAAGAGAUCUUGAUGCUCAUCAGGCUUGAAAAGUUUAUAAAACUUUUUUGUAGAGUUUGGACUCCAGUGUCAGACAACAGUUACCGGAAAUGUUUAGUUGCAGUUAUUGCUGUACAAGGAGGUCACACCGGACACUGAAAGCAAAGUUUCACAUACUUUGUUUUUUUCUCCCAUUUUUUGGAAAUAUUGGAUAAUUUUCCUCAAUAAAUGACAAAGUAUAAUAUUUUUGUCUCAUUUGUUUAAUUGGGUUCUUGUUGUCUACUUUUAGGAUUUCUUAGGAAAAUCUGAUGAUGUUUUAGGUCAUAGUUAUGCAGAUAUAUAGAAAAUUGUAAAGGGUUCACAAACUUUCAAGUGACACUGUACGGUAUGUCAUAGAUUUGAGAAAAUGUGCUGCAAGGUAAUGUUCAGGUGCUUCUUUAAAUACAUUUAAAUCUAGCUAAAAGGAAGAUAAAUAAAAUGUUAUUAGCAGUUGUCAAAGCAAUAUUUUUUGUUAGCAGAAAGUUCUCUUGUUCUGGGUUGUUUGUUGUGUUCAUAGGCCUGUUGACUAUUUUAUUUAACUUUAUUUAAAUGUUGACUGUUUGGAAAAAAAAAUUAUUAAAUGCUAAUUUUACUUGAUGCAGUCACUCUUAUAUAGCCCCAAAUCUCAGUAUUUUUUUGUUAGACAGAAGUAAUUAACAUAUGACCGGAAUUACAGUAUAUUGGUAAACUGAAUCGUUUCUGGACACUGUGACCAGCACCAAAAAUUCAGAGUAGAAACUCUGAUACACUGCUACAAACAGAACAGAUGAUUCUUUUUUUUAUUAAUAUUUCUGCAAGCUGCCAACUUCAAUCGUGUCUAUUAAUUUUGAUUAAAAUACAUUUGGAUUAAGUUACAAUUAUAUAAACAUGCAAAAAAUAUAUAUAUAAAUCCUUUGGCUCAAUUUAGAAAAAUGUGUCAAAAGUCAAAAGGGCUUUCAAAAAGUGACAUAAAUAAUCAAGUACAUAAGGAAGCAGAUUUUUGCCUUCAUCUAUGGAGUCAAGGUGUGACAAACAGUGGUUUGAGACCAUAGAUUUCGGUGGAGCAGGACAGCAUAGUCUGAAACAAAAUUAUUUGAAGAGGCUAUCACUCUAGAUGUAUGCUAUUGGCUACUAUCUAGUGAAUUUUUCAAGUAACCCUGUAAUAGACCAUUGAGAGUCGACAACAUACAGCAUACAGUAUAGCAGCUCGAUUUGAGCCGUUUUAGAUGUACAUUUGUGCACAUUUGCUUGAUAUAGUAGGUGUGUGUCCCAUCACAAUGUGCAAGGCAUACACAGAAGAGGUAAUAUAAUUAGCCAGUUAUUUAGUAAAAUUGUGUAAGCCAAACCAAACAAAAAAUUUGUGCUGGAUUUACAAAAGUUUUGGAAACGCUGAUUUUCUUAGUACUUACAUGUGUAGAUUGAUGAAUGCCAUUUACCAGGCACAUGCAUGGAACAGCUAUUUAUAUUUGGCUGUGACACCCACAAAACUUCAUAACAAGUCAAACAAAAAAAUACUUUAUCAGAGGUAGAAAUGUGACAAAUUUUUAUGCCAAUAAAAAUAUAUACAUUAUACAACAGCUGUUGUAUGUCAGUCAGUCUGUGCAUUGCAUGGCAACACGCAAAGCUCUAUCCAGCUGUGGGAGCUAUUUUUGUUGACGGAGCAAAAAUAAACAAACUAUUUGGCCAUAUGGUGCCUGAAAUGUCAGUUACUCUAUAUUAAUUUCUUAUUCAAAGUCAUCAAUAAGGUGAGAACCAGACCUGUUAUCCACCCAAAUAUUCUUAAAUGUAACAGUCGCAUCAUUGAUGUCAUGAUUCGAGUUCCAUGUCUGAGUACACAGUAUGGAGCGAUCACACUAGUCCAACGAACUAGAAUUUGGGGGUCAAAUAUGCUCGGGCACAAUACAGAUCACCUAGUGUGAUUACAUAGUCAGUACACCUACCGCCCCACUCAACAGAGGAUGCCUGCUAUCAUCCACUUUUCUCUGACCCAAUUGGACAAAAGAACAACUAUGUAAGAAUGCUGUUUAUAGACUUCAGUUCAGCAUUUAACACAAUUGUCCCACAACAACUGAUAAAGCUGAGCCUGCUGGGUCUGACCAACUCCCUCUGCAACUGGAUCCUAUACUUUCUGACUGGCAGACCACUGUCCAGCAGGUCAGCAACUCCACCUCCAGCACCAGGUCUGUGUGCUCAGUCCACUGCUGUUUACCCUGAUGACUCAUACUGCAAAAUACAAUGCAAAAUGCAAAAUACUUCAAAUAGUAUUGAGCUGAAUACUUUCUAUAUGUGCUUUCUAUGCAUGCUAACCAUACUAGCUCCAUCCAGCCAACUAGUACUACAGAAGGAACCAGCUCUUUUAGUGAUGAGAGUGCAAUCACCAUAUCUGAGGAUAAGGUUUAGAGGGCUCUGAAGCAUGUGAACAUCAGGAAAGUGGCCAGCCUUGACAGCAUUUCUGGCUAUGUACUAAGAUCCUGUGCUGAUCAGCUUGCAGCUUUAUUCACUUCCAUUUUCAAUGAGUCCCUAGCUAAGUCUGCGGUCCCCACCAACUUUAAAAAAUCUGUUGUCAUUCUUGUGCCAAAGAACAAUAAGCCCUGUUGCCUAAAUGAGUAUCGUCCUGUACACAUCUCUGUGGACCUGACCUGAACGCAUCACACUCCAAGCUCAGGUGAGCAAACCAGAUAAUAGUUGUACCAUCUGAGACUGCUGAGGAAAUUCAGGCUCCUGAAAAUGGGGCUAUAGAAAGUUCACUAACCCUGGUAACUGUCUGUUCAACCUGCUGUAAUCGGGCAAGUGCUUCCGUUGUCUGAUGGGUAAAACUGAGGCUCAGGAGGAGCUUCUUCCCUCAGGCUAUCAGAUUCCUCAACACAGAUAUGUCCACCACAGCGAUCCCUUUAGAAUCCAUAAACAAUCUGCACUCCACUGACACUCCGCACCCAACACUUUGUGUUGUUACUACACGUAACGUACUUGCAUAUUUCUGUACAAAUAUUUCUUAUUAAUUUCUUAUUUUUUAUUUAGUUAUUUAAAUGCACAGUAGAGAGAGUUAUGGUUUGUAUGUUUAAUCAAACCUAAUCUUGAUAGGUGUAGGUCAAAAGGUCAUCACCAAUCAAAUGUAUCUUGACAGGUGAAGGUUAAAGAUAAAUAAUGUUGUAUGUGUUCCUACAUAUAAAUAAGUUCAAUCUGUUGUGUUUCCACACACCUGUUCCUAUAACGCUGAUAAAAAAAUGAUAAAAAAUAAGGUCAUGGGGGUAUGAUUCACGUAUACUUUAAAACCAAAUCUUUUGUGUUCACACACACCUAUUCACAUAAUGCUGAUAAAAAAAAUAAGGUUAUGGGCAAUGAUUCACAUAUACUCUAAAACCGAAUCUGUUGUGUUCCCAGACAUCUGUUCCCAGUGCCGGAGUGGGACUCAUUUUCAGCCCUGGAGUUUCAUGCCUUAGACCGACCCACUUUAGUUCACGACUGAGUAUAUUAAAAUAGUGUAAUUAACACCUCAGUAUAUAAGUCUGCAAUAGUGCACUGUUCUCUACAGCCUGGUAAUUCAUUGUUUUUUUAAAAAAAUAUGAUCAUUUCAAGUUCAGUGCAAAUACAGUAGCCUAAGUGUUGUUUCACAGUGAAGAUUUAUUUAACAACACUAUUCUUUACAACAACACAAUGUAAUGUUUAACAGUAUCAGAAUCUAUUUUCUGUAAAAAAAAAAAAAAAAAAAAAAAAAAAAAUGUGUUAAUAAAUAUGUAAAACCUUGAAAUGAAAAAAUAUCAAAUAAAUACAAAAAAAAUAAAUAAUAACGAAUAAAAUAAAAUAAAAUGUAUUGCACUUUCUAAUGACACCAUCAUCUCUUUUUCCUUUGCAUAAGUUAAGGAAACAGCUGCUUUACAACUUCAACACAAAUAUGAGAACAUUAGUUAAAGGGUAAAUAUCCAACACUAUUCUUUAAAACAUCACAAUGUCCUUUUCUGCAAUAUCUAAAUAUAUAUUCUGUGCAAAAUUUUUCACAGAUAUCCAAUCCUUAAACACAAAUAAAUAAUAAAACAAGUAUUGCACUGUUCUCUGCAAGAAUUCUUUUCACAGUACAACUUUCUAAUGAUGGCUUCAUCAUCAACACCGGCCCUUGCGGCCCAAAAAACAGACCAGACCAGUGACAGUGCUCAGAACAGUCCACUGCUCCCAAUGAGCCAAUCCGGGCCUGUCUGUUUCAGAAAUGCUGAUAAAUGAUUGUCAAUAGUACAUGUAUACUUUGAAACCGAAUCUGGUGUGUUCCCACACACCUGUUCCCAUAACACUGAUUAAAAAAAGGAAGGUCAUGGGCUAAUGAUUCACAUAUACUUUAAAACUGAAUCUGUUGUGUUCCCACACACCUGUUCCCAUAAUGCUGAUAAAUGAUUGUCAAUAGUUCACAUAUACUUUAAAACCGAACCUGUUGUUUCCACACACCUGUUCCUAUAAAGCUGGUAAAGGUGGGCAAUGCAUUAUCGCCCAUUAUUGUUCUCAACACUGGCGCCCCACGGGGUGUGUACUGAGUCUACUUUUUUAUAUUCUCUAUACAAAUGACUGUCAGAGUCCAGUCACCACCAUUCAUUACUUUAAAUAUGCAGAUGAUACUACCAUUCUUGCAUUGCUUAAUAAGGAAAAAAAUUUUUUUUGGACUAUCAACACUCCAAAGCACAUUUUAGUACAUGGUGUGAUGAUAACUUUCUCUAUCUUAAUAUCGCAAAGACUAAGGAACUGUUUUUUAGCUCUUCCAAAACACUGACCCAUCCUUCCAGUAUUACCAAUAAUGGAGGGAUGGUUGAAAGGGUAGAAGGAUUUCAGAUAUCUGGGCAUUACAUUGGAUAAACAUCUCAACUUCAAUCAGCACACUCUAGAUAUUUACAAGUGCUGUCAACAGAGACUUACAGUUAUUCGUAAACUUAAAUAUCUGUCUGUUCAGCCUAGUCUGCUUCUUCUUCUGUAUCAAAGUAUUAUUGAACCGGUUCUUAUGUAUGGUGCCAUUUGUAUUUUCCAUAUGCUAACAGUUACCAAUAAGAACAAACUCUUGAAGAUAACUAAUUUAUAGAGAAAAAUUAUUGGUAUUCCCACCCCCAAUUUAACGACUGUGUCAGUUCAUAUACGCUCUGGAAGGCACAUAAAAUUUUAAAUGAUCCAGACCACCCACGUUAUCAGUAUUUCAACCCACUUCCUUCUGGCCACAGGUAUAGACUAACCAUGUGCAGAAAAGCCAUCUAUGGUAGGAGUUUUGUUCCUAUGUGUAGCCCACUAGAAAAUGUAUAUAAAUAAAUAUUUAAAACCGAAUUUAAAACAAUACAGAUUAAUUAAAAAUAAAGCAGAAUGUAAACCACUAUACUUUCAAAUACGUUAUUUGAAGCAGUUAAAAUGUUUCAUGUAGAUAAUUUCGACCAAUUAACACCAUUCUACACGUAGAUCCCGCCUUGAUUGACAGGUGACAGGGGGAGAGUGUUUUUUUUUUUAAAACUGCGCAGACGCGCACACAGCUAAAGCGAGGCGGGAAAAGGAGACAGAAAAAAUAGAAAAAGUCUAAAUUAUAAUUAUAUAUUAUAAUUAACUGUUGGAAAGAGUGAAAACAAAAGUCGAAACAAUACUACUGCCAGUAGGAGUGCUGAGGAACUUCGGUUUGUAGUUUUAUCCGACGUGAAACUUGAUGCUGUACCUGACUGCUUCGGGCAAGAAGAGGAGUUUGGCGGAUUAACAGUAAUUCCUCAACUAACAGAUACAGACCUAGCCGAAAAGCAAAGAGCCGAUCCAGUGCUGAGAAAAGUAAUCUACCACAUGGAGUUAGGAGAAAAGCCUCCUCCCACAGUGAAAUGUGAGCUUCCUGAUCUUCCUUUCCUCUUACCGGAGUGGACACGCCUAGAGUUGAGGAGUGGAGUCCUCUACAGGAGGCGACAGGACAAAGAAAACUUCACUUAUCAAUUAGUCCUGCCAGAAGAGCUUCGAGCUGUUGUUUUAAAAAGUUUACAUGACGAUCUAGGUCACAUGGGUAUAGAAAGAACCCUUGAUUUAGUAAGGUCCAGAUUUUACUGGCCAAAGAUGGCAGCUGAAGUUGAACGAAAAGUAAAGACAUGCAACUGUUGUGUUCGUCGAAAAGCUUCACCUGAAAAAGCCGCACCAUUGGUAAAUAUCCAAGUCACUAGACCCUUGCAGCUGGUCUCCAUGGACUUCCUCUCUAUAGAGCCUGAUAGAAGCAACACCAAAGACAUUUUAGUGAUAACUGAUCAUUUCAGAAAAUAUGCUGUUGCUGUCCCCACACCGAACCAGAAAGCAAGAACUGUCGCAAAGUGUUUGUGGGAGAAUUUCUUUGUACAUUAUGGAUUUCCUGAAAGGUUUCAUAGUGACCAAGAGCCACAUUUUGAAUCUCGCGCAAUAAAAGAACUCUGUGAUGUCUCAGGCAUUCAGAAGAUACGAACUACACCGUACCACCCAAGGGGAAACCCUGUAGAACGUUUCAAUAGAACCUUGCUUAAUAUGCUCGGUACUUUGGAGGAACAAGACAAAACACACUGGAAAGACUUUGUUAAGCCCCUUGUUCAUGCUUACAAUUGUACAAGGAAUGAGGUCACAGGAUUCACACCGUAUGAGCUAAUGUUCGGCGUCAGCCUAGGUUGCCUGUUGAUAGCAUUCGGCUUACCUGUGAGGGACAAUCCAUCCAAGCCACAUUUCGAGUAUGUACAUAACUUAAAAUCUCACCUGGAGGAGAGCUAUGACAUAGCUUCACGCAGUGCACUUAAGAUUACACAAAAGAACAAGACAGUUUUGUCAAACAUGUUACCAAUUCCAUGCUGGACAUUGGCGAUCGUGUACUGGUAAGGAAUGUUCGCCUACGCGGGAGACAUAAGUUAGCAGACAAGUGGGAGCCUAUGACUUAUGUAGUUGUGAAGAAAGCAGGUGAUCUGUAAGUGUACACUGUUAGACCAGAAAUGAAAGAUGGUCAUCUGCGUAUGUUGCAUAGAGAUCUCUUACUACCUUGUGUAUUCCUACCUGUUCCAGAAGUCAAACAACCAGUCUUGACGAAGACCAUUCCAAAACCUAGGACACGACUGACUACCCAUGAUUUUGAUGAAAAUCCUGAAGAAAUAGACUAUCUAGAUGUUGAUAUCCAAGAUCACUGGUUUGAAAAGUCACCACUUCGGGAAACAAGAGUUUCUACAGUUUAUAAUACCUUUAAUCCAAAGGAAAUUCUGGAUAAUAUAUCUUUGGCUGUGCCUGUCAAAGGUCCAGAUGACAGUUUGUGUGUGGAUGCUCCAGACAAUUUACCUGUACCUGUGCAUCCCAAGGAAAUUCAAGUGGAAUCUAUGGAAAUUGAAAAUGUCCCAGUGAAUGAAAAUUCUGAUGUUCGAGUACCGGCAACUGAGGAGGAGGAUCACAAUGAUGACAAUCCUGUCAGACGGUCUACUCGACGGAGAGAUAAGCCUGAUAGACUUGCCUACUCUCAGUUUGGAAACCCUCUGAUAUCAGUUGUUCAAUCCCUAUUCCAAGGCCUAAACACAGCCAUUGUCAAUUCAUUGGUUGGGGUUGGAAAUUUAAAUAGUUUACCAACGUUAUCAUAUAGUGAACCAAAGGUUGUUACCUGUCAACCAUUAACAACAUGUAACGGAACGUACAUAAAUUCAAGGGGGAAGGGUGUAGCCCACUAGAAAGUGUAUAUAAAUAAAUAUUUAAAACCGAAUUUAAAACAAUAUAGAUUCAUUAAAAAUAAAGCAGAAUGUAAACCACUAUACUUUCAGAUACAUUAUUUGAACCAGUUAAAAUGUUUCAUGUCGAUAAUUUCAACCAAUUAACACCAUUCUACACAUAGAUCCCGCCUUGAUUGACAGGUGACAGCGAGAGUUUUUUUUACUGCGCAGACGCGCACACACAGCCAAAGUGAGGAGAGAAAAGGAGACAGAAAAAAUAGAAAAAGCCUAAAUUAUAAUUAUAUAUUAUAAUUAACUGUUGGAAAGAGUGAAAACAAAAGUCGAAACAAUACUACUGCCAGUUGGAGUGCUGAGGAACUUCGGUUUGUAGUUUUAUCCAACGUGAAACUUGGUGAGUUAAGUUGAGAGUUACUUAGGUUCUGAGUGCUAUGCUAACCUAAUACAGCUAUGACGCAGCAUGUUGCAUUUCUUGGUUAUUUUCUUCUCUUUCAUUUAGCCGUGUAAAUAUUGUCGAUUCGAAUUUAAUUCCCAAAGUGUUUUGAGUGAUAUUACUUCUGAGUUAUUAAAUUGUUAAAUUGCAUUGUAUGAAUGUGAUCAUUUAAAAUAUUUAAACCGUGGUGUGUAAUAUGUAUAGGUUUUGUACAUACAUUUCAUUUUGUUUUAUUCUGACACUAUUUAUACAGGUCAGGUUUUUUUUUAUUCCAUGGGAAGAAGCUUUACAACAAUUUUUCAACAGUUUGAAAUCCCACCAGAACCACUGUGUCUUUAAGGAUGUUUUAUAUUAUUUUAUAUUAUUUUGUUUUUUCUGCAAAGGAUUACAAAUGAAAAUACUCUAGAGGAGUGCCUUCAUUCAGAGUAAAAGAAAUUGCAGAGACAUUGAAAAAGACAUUUUAAUUCUGGAUGUGAUUUUAUUUUAUUUAAGUUUUGUUAUAUUCCGUGUAUGUAUAUAUUUUAUUUUAGGCUUCACUUGGAGGGUGCACCCUAGGGUAUUAUACAUGUAUUGUACAUGUUUAAUUUCUCUCACUCUAAAUUGUAUAUAAAUCAUUCUAUAUUUACCUUAUUAGUUGUACUGUCACUGUUAUUGUUUCAAUCCACUACCUCCUACGUACCCUUUAGUCUUCUGAUAUCUGGUCUACACAUCAUACACACACACACACACACAGAAACACACACACACACACACAUAUAUAUAUAUAUAUAUAUAUAUAUAUAUAUAUAUAUAUAUAUAUAUAUAUAUAUGCUACAUAUGGCUAUACGAGCGUUAAACACAUAACGUAAUCAGUCACUGUGAUGUCAUCUUAUGCUCUGGCAUUUGUUUUAUGAUCAUGUUUUUCUUUUUGUUCCCUUCUCUCCUCUAUGCCUGUGAUUGUUUAUGAUGGUUUAUAUGUAUGGUGUUGUUGUGUUUGUUUUUCUACGCAUCCACGGUAGAUACAAAUUUCCUCCCACCAUCCAUCCAUCCAUCCAUCCAAAUGAUUGUCUAUGGCGCACAUAUACUUUAACUCCGAAUCUAUUUUCCCCCACACCUUUUCCUGUAAAGCUGGUAAAUGAUUGUCAGUAGUACACGUAUACGUUAAAACCGAAUCUGGUGCGUUCCCACACACCUGUUCCCAUAACACUGUUAAAUAAAUAGGUCAUAGGUAAAUGAUUAAUAAUGAUAGUCCUUCACGUAGAUCAAUACAUUCAGGUGCUUUCCCAUAAUUGCAUACAUGCAUAUGCCCUCUCUAUAAAAGGCUAAUACUCCUGGGAGUUUCACAUUUUUGGAAACACAGUAAAAGGAUAGAACUUCGAAGCUCUCCUUCAAAAUUUGUAGACACCAUGGAUUUCUCAGCAGUGUUUUUAGACAACAGCGUUAUGAUUAUUUCUGGAGACAACCUUCCUGAGACGUCCAAGCAUGGCCAUUUGAAUCUGAGAUCAACUAGACGCAAGUCAUAACUUAAAAUUAUGAAUGUCUCAUACUGUAAAGUCUUUAAUUUUUCAUAUGCAUUUAUAUUUUGUUUGUUUCAUAUUCAGAAGUUGACACCGUGACUAUCAGUGGUGGUGGUGGUGGUGGUGGUGAUGAUUCAAGCGCUUCAGGUGAAAUGUAUAUAUUGCAUUCUAUUUUCCCCCAGUGCAAAAAGAUCUCUCACAUUUUCUGUGACUUUAUAGAUACAAGUGAUUUCGAAAAUGGUGGUAAUAUAGAAGAACAUGCGGAAUUAAACUCAGAAGCGGCUGUUCAAAUCAAUCACAAAUUACAGGAGCAACGUAGAAAGAAUUCUUCCAACUAAAAAAAGCUUUAUUGGAAAAUCAUUCAUUGGACAUCUUGAUAAUACAGUUGAAUAUGGUCCAGGUAGGGAAUUUGUCCCUUUACUGUACAACACACUGGAAACCUUGAAUAGAUGCAUCACAGUGAACAUAAAACUGAUAAGAAAAUUGUAUGUUAGAUAUGGCACAGAAAUGACCGAAAUGCAAUUCGGAUACAGAAGCUAAAAAAAUUAGAACCAAAAAUAUUCUGACAUCACCCCAUGAUUUCUAUUAUGAUGGAAACGAGAGUUCUUCAAAUGGUCUGUUACAUCAUGUUCCUUGUACAACUCUGAACCUAUAUUAAACUGAUGCGAUCAACCGGCUGAAUGAAAGUUUAAUUCCAUCACACCAGGUCGUUAGUCAGAGACCUGUCAGAGUCCCAAUUACAAUAUAUCAAAUCAGUGUCUGUUAGAGUUACAAAAUAACCUAAAUGAACAGUCAUUUAGUACAAUUAAACCCUGGUCUAAUCGAAGCAGUCAACCAAUUGAAUGAACAUUUAAGAUCAUCAGACCAGAGCAAUACUCAAAAUGAAAAUCCAAGCCAAAUUUCCAGGCAAAAUGCAUCAAACAAACUUGUGAUGCCAUGUGACAUAUUUUUCUAAUUAAAUCAAUGUUUGUUAGAAAAUAACCUAAAUGAACAAAGACAAUCUAUGCAGAUAAAUCCUUGUUUAAUAGAUGCAGUGAAUCAACUCAAUGAAAGCAUGGCUUUAUCUCCCGAUCACAAUAUAAUCUCAACUCCAGAAAUUGCUCAGGAACAUAGACUGUUAUCUGCUCAUGAUAUGUUAUACAAACUUAUUCAAAGUCUUAUGAGGUUAAAUGACAGUCUAUUAGGGCUGCAUGAUUAUGGCCAAAAUGGUAAUCCCGAUUAUUUUGAUCAAUAUUGAGAUCUCGAUUAUUUAUCACGAUUAUUAAUUGAUUUUAGUGACAACAUAUUUUUAUUGCACUUUCACAUUUAUUAAGUUUGCUCAUGCCACAAUAUAACACACAAGUAGGAAUGAGAGAACUUGAGCUGGUCAAUUAUGACAGAAUUUAGGAACAUACUGUGAGCCAUGACAAAGUAAUUUAUCUUCUGAUAAACUAAAUGUAAUAUUUUCAGUUAAUUUUACAGACUGUAUGCAAAAAAACAACCGUUAACUUGUAAACAAAUACAAUAAACAUCAAUGUUCAGUGUUUGAAGUCUCCUACUCUUAAAUAUAUUUAAAGCUGCACUAUUAGACAUUUUCCACUGUCAUGGUUCUGGGCUGGGAUCAAUUCUCGAACCUCUCUGUGUAUAUUGUGUAUAUAUCUGAAUAAUCUCAUAAAGGAUGUAAUUGGGUGAGUUAAUUUAUCCGUCAGAUGCAAAGCGCUUUAGUUUUAUGGUUUUCAUUUCUGAUGCACCGAUCAGGAUUUUUACAGCCGAUGUGAUCCAGAUACCAAUCUUUUUUUAAUUUAAACUUUAAUCAGCAGGUCUGUCAUAAACAGUUAAAUGUAAGCUCUCUGCUCAUGGUCACUGUUAAUUGAAUUAAAAUAAUAGCAAUGAGAAAUACUAUUGGUUAAUUGAUAAAUAAACAAGCAUAAAAUAUUUAUUUUUAAAUAUCUUAAAAACAAUAGAGAGUCCUAAUUAAAAGUAGACUAUAACAAAAUGAUCCACAUUAGUAAAAAGGCUAAUAGCUUUCUAUGGAAAUAGCGAACUAAGAUUAAUGUCAGAUUGAUAUUAAAUGCAACCCAUAGUAAUUAAACAUUAUUUAAUUUCUCAUUUAUAUUUUAUGAAAUUAUAAUAUCUAUCUUUUAUAUUAAAUGAUUUAUUUAUAACUAAGCACAUUUUCUGUCUUUACAUUUGUCUAUCAGUUUUAGAUGGUUUCUCCAGUACAGUGUCCAUGUCUGCUGAUAAUAUUGUGUUUUUGGGGAGAUAAAUCAAAACAUGGAAACAGGAGUUGACUUUUCUAGUGAUAUCUGGCAACUGUGAGUUUAAAUGUAGUGAAUUAGAGUUAAUGAAGGAAAGUGGCAGUGUACUGUAUGUUUACAGACCGAACAGUUGCUACUGUUGAUUAUGAUUGGUGAGGAAUUUUUUAAUAAAGAAGUUUGAAUUAAACCCACCUUGUAGCGUUAGCAUUAUUAUUAAUUUACUCCACCCGAAGCCGCUGUGUCUACACGAGCAGGUGAAAGUUCAGGUCAUUUUGCGGGAUCAAUAAAAGAUGGAAGUUGAAGCAGAUAAUGUACAGAGAUAAUUGUCAUCAUAAUGGCUUCUCUGCAGUAUUUCCACACUUGUUCGGUUGAUUGAGGAGAUGAAAAGCGGUGUGAAAGUAACUGUUGCGCGGUGAAGAUGCAUUUUGUACUUCCUGUAGUUUUUAUUCUGAUUGUAUUAUACAACUCUGAACAGGUCACUCGCACCGGUGCGAAUAAAUAUUUAUUUACAGUCGCACAAAAUACUUUUCAGUCACAAAUGCGAGUGAACUGGUCGCACUGUAGAGCCCUGAGUUUUCUGAGAAGUUUUUUCCCGUUUAAUGUCCCCGACAACCUCUGUAAUUUCCCCUCACCCAAAGCGCUGGAGCUCGAAGCGAAGCCAGCAGCACGAGGGCUAAAAUCCUAACUUCGUUUCGGGGUUUUGGCACUACAAAAUUAUGUCAUCCCUGCGCCGCUCUGUGAUUGGCUGUGUGUAGGAAGCGCUUGAUUUGAGUGGAGAAAACAGCGGAGUUUUCUAUGAGCGGAGGACGAAUUUUAAAUGUCAAUAUCGAAGUCGAUCAUGCUCAUUUAAUCGUGGGCAGUCGUAAUCGCGAUCGAUAUUCCAAUAAUUGUGCAGCCCUACAGUCUGGUGAACUUAAUCGAAUCCCCUGCCAAUAUUCCACAAACUGCCCAAAAAUAGGUGUGCCAAGCUUGAAGCAUCAUACUUAAAAAGACUUGAGGCUGUAAUUGGUGCCAAAGGUGCUUCAACAAAGUAUUGAGCAAAGGCUGUGAACACUUAUGUACAUGUUCUUUUUUUGUUUUUUAUUUUUAAUAAAUUUGCAAAGAUUUCAAACAAACUUGUUUCACAUUGUCAUUAUGGGGUAUUGUUUGUAGAAUUUUGAGGAAAAUAAUUAAUUUAAUCCAUUUUGGAAUAAGGCUGUAACAUAACAAAAUGUGGGAAAAGUGAAGCGCUGUGAAUGCUUUCCGGAUGCCCUGUAAAUCGCUAGACAAAUACAACAUGAUAUGGGAUUAUCCUACGCACAGCAGUCAGCUUCACUGAUAUAUCAAGAUUUGAGAGACAUUUGAACUGUAAAAUCAUAAUCGUAUACUGUUCUGCCAAGAAAGCCGGAUACUCUUUUUUUUUCAAACUAGCAAGACUCCCCAUGAGAAAACUAUUUACUUGUUUUUGCAUGACACACACUAUUAUGGGGUUAAAAGUAUCACAGGUCUUGUAGGAUCGAGUCAUGUUUGCCAUUUCUGUCACUCAGGGUUUGACGCAUUAUGGAAACAUAAAUGCGAUUAUAUCUGCAACGUUUGUUGCAAUCUCGAUUGUUACAAAUACCCUAAAAAUGUAACUAAAUGUCCAGAGUGUUGGAGAUUAUGUACAUCACAAUACUGUUUUAAAAAGCAUAAAGUAAAGCUUCAAUCAAACAAAGGCGAAUAUUCUAUGUGUAAAACAGUUUUCUUCUGCGUUAAAGAAAGUGCUCUGAUUCCAAAUGCAAACGCUGUGGGCAAAAAGUCGAUGUGGAUAUUGAGCAUAGAUGUUUUAUACAGCUGGCUAGGAAAGAAUGUGCAAAUGAGAAUUACGUGUUUUAUGAUUUCGAGACUAGACAGGAAACAAGAACUCAUAUCUAAUUUCUUAUGCUGUAUUGAUUUUGAGGAGUGGGUGGCUGAAGGGGAUGGAUGCGUUAAUGCCUUCUUUAAGAAAUUACAUUGUAAUAGAUACAAUGGUUUUACAUUAAUCACACAUAAUGCUAGAGGGUUCGAUUCAUACCUUUUGUUAAAUCAUUUAGUGAAAGAAGGAAUCACACUCAAAAUCAUAGCGCAAGGCGCUAAAACUUUGUGUUUCAUCAUUUCUGUAUUUAGCCAGUCCUACAUUGAUAGGCUAUCAUUCUUACCCAUGAUGCUGAGCAGCAUCCUGAAAGCCAUGGGAUUUUUGGAAAGUAAGGUUGGCCUAUUGGCCCAUUUCUGGAACACCAUAGAAAAUUGGGAUUAUGUAGGACUGUAUAACAAUCGCAUCUGUGUGCAUGAAAAUCUUCAGAACCAAGUUCCUUUCUAAAGACAUGUUAGCUAUUCCACUGCUUGAUAAUUACAUCAGCAGACAGAAAUCUUUCUCAUCACCUUCCAUACAAUGGAUCAAAUACAUUUCUUCCACACAAAACUAACCCAUUCGACAUGCGUUGAACGAAGGUGAAGCCAGGUUUGGUAACUAUUUUGUAGAUGCUUACUGUGAAGAUGGAUAAAUACAUAGGCAUUUGAUUUGAUUUAUUAGACAAAAAAAGUAUUAAAAUACACUCAUUUGUCAAUGAUAGCGCAAUAGAGUUAAAAACUUGUUUCCAUUGCGGUCCUUGAUGUAAAGAACAUCCUUCAUUCCUAGUGACAGGUUACUUGGGCAUUACUUAGUAAAAUAUAAAAUUACAAUAAGUUUCCACAUUUGCAAAAUUUACAAUCACAAUUUAACACCCACACAACACACAUUACAAAUUCAUCAGUAAACCAACUUAUCUAAUAACCAACUUUUGACCUUUGAACUAAAACCAACCCAGCUAAGCUACCUCUUAGCUCAUUCAAAGCUACCUUUGGAGAUGUCCAUUAAAAAAAUCAAUGGAGAAAAUAAAAAAUUUGCAAGAUACUCACAAUUUGCAAGUCACAGUGAUGUGGGAACAUGAGUGGACUGAAAUGAAGAAAAGUGACAACCGCAUGAUAAACUUUCUAAAAGACUUUCCUGAGCAUUUAAACCGGCAAGAUGCUAUUUACGGCGGUCAAACAAAUGCAUUAUAUGUGCACUAUGUAGCUCAACCUGGGGAGCAAAUUGAUUUCGAUUCUUCCAUGUUGUGUAAAAAGCUCCUCUUUCCUCUACGUGCGCCAAGCAACAAAAACAAUGUGACCAUACCAGAACAUGGGCUUCUGUCGAAAUUGAGAAAUCUGUUGAAAAAGGUUAUACAAUUCUAAAAAUUUGAAGUGUGGCAUUUUCCUAAAAGGUCUAAGUUUUUUGGUUUUUUUUUUUUUUUUUUUUUUUUUUUUUUUUUUUUUUUUAAACAAAUGUAUUAAAAUGUUCCUCAAGACCAAACAGGACAGUUCAGGAUAUUCCUCCUGUGUUGUUGAUGAAGCCACUAAAUGUGAUUACAUUCACAAGUAUAAGGAGAAUGAAGGGAUCAAGUUGGAUCCAAACUGUAUUACCCUUAAUUCUGCCAAAAGAUCCGUGGCUAAACUUGCACUAAAUUCGUUGUGGGGUAAGAUGUGUCAAAGACCAAACUGAUCAAACAGGAUCUUUAUUUGGGAUCUUACUGUGUUUCUACAGUUUAUGUUCUCUGAUAUUUAUAAUGUGAGCCAGUUCUUUUUUUGACUGAUAAGAUUGCAUUGGUGCAGUGGCAGUACGCAAACAAGAGACUGAUUAAACUGGUGAAUGCUAAUGUAUUCAUCUGCAUUUUCAGUAUAGCAUAUGCUAGACUUGAACUGUACAAUUUGAUGGAUCGACUGAAUUAGCGUUGUUCAUACACCAACACAGACAACAUCAUUAAGGAAGGAAGGUGACUAGAUGCCACCCUUAAGUGAUUACUUGUGUGGUCUUACCAGUGAACUACAAGAUGAUCAAAUCGCAGAAUUUGUAAGUGCAGCACUUAAAACCUUCAGUUACAAAACUGUAAAAGGAAAAACAAAGCUAAAUUUAAAGCUAUUACUUUAAAUUUGAAUUUGUCAAUUUGAAAUCACUGACAGCCCCGGUGGACGAGCAAGUAAAAAAUCAGGAUCAAAACAGUCAGCUCAUAACCUCACAUAACCAAAUCGUGAGAGAUAAAAGGGCUUUUCUUUUGAGAAACACAGUUAAAAAGGUUCAGGAUUGUGUACAAUAAGCAUGUUUUAUUACCUGAUUUCACAGCUCUCAGAUAUUAAGACUAUUCAUGUAUGUAUGUAUGUAUGUAUGUAUGUAUGUUGUUUCUUUUGUUUCUGUUGAUGUGUUUUGUAAUGGAAAAUAUGAACGUGCCAGCUUUUGACGCUAGGAUGCAACUACCCUUUUCAUGUAUUGUAUGUGGACUGAUUAAUAGUGGAAAAUCGUGUUUUAUCAAAAUGAUGUUGGAAAACUGUAGAGACAAUGUCAGUAGUUACAGAAAACAUUGUCUAUUGUUAUACGUGUUGGCAACCUCUGUACGAUGAAUCGAUGACCAGAAUAAAUAUACAUUUUCUUCAAGGAA